AUGUUUUCAAAGCGAACGAACGACAUCAUGAUAUCUAUAUAUCGACGGAAAAGUCCUUGGGGAAGUGUCAUUGCAUUCUCCCAACUGUUUCGGGCUCUAUUGUCCAUUGUCGAUGAAAAGCGAGUCAAGAGAGAAAUUGUUAGGGAGAUUAUUGAGAUGGCUAGCACUGAACAUCCUAGAGUGCUGCGCGACUCAUUAGUCCCUAUUCAAAUCAAGUUCGCUGCCUCUCUCCCCGACGAGCUUGAUGAGCUCAAAAGACUCUGGGAGAACGAUUCUGCCAAGGAGAAUGGACACUUAGCAUCGCCAAUACUCUAUCCAGUGGGCAAAAGGCUGGCGUUCCUGCUAGACAAGGAUGGAAGAAGCUCAGUUUGCUCGAACCUCUCUUUGAGAGACUGCCAACGGUCGCGAUCGGGAUGA